AUCAGUGGCGUUCGGUAUCCACCGGCAUCCGGCAACAAGUGCUUUUUUUUGGCCAAGUCACACCUGAUAAAAUGUACUUUGGUUGUUAAAUCCAAGCGCAAUAGUGAUAAGACUUUGAUGAUCAGAGAUAAACGAAAGUAGCGACGACAGUGAGCUACAGAAAUCGUGUGCGACAGUUAGCCAUUAGCGGUUCCAGCGGUUCGAUCGUGCACACGCCACGUUCUACGCCCGGAGAUGAGGUACCCGGUAAUUACGAGGCUGACCUUCAGUGUGGUGCUGCUCGGGCUACUUCUCGCUGCUCGUCAUGGUGAUACAGCAAAAAUCGUUGGCGUCUUCCCAACCGCAAGCAAAUCGCACGUUUUGGGCUUACAGGCUCUGCUCAAAGAGCUGGCAAACCGUGGCCAUGAGGUGACGAUGGUAUCGGCAUUUCCACUGAAACGCCCUCCAGCGAACUAUCGCGAUGUCUAUCUGCCUAUCGAGGGAGCAUUUACGACGAUCAUGAGCGAGUUUAUGCAGGGUGGAGAUCGAAACAUGAUGAAACUGUUGCCGAAAAUACUCAACGUGUCCCUGGAAGCUUCAAAUACAUCGAUCAACACCGAGGCGUUCCGGACGUUGGUGCGAGAGGAGCAAUUCGAUCUGGCGAUCGUUGGUUACUUCAUGAACAGCUUCGUCCUCGGUAUCGGCCAGCUGUUCAACUGUCCGACGAUUCUCUACUUUUCGGCCGCUGGAUCCGGGCUGACGAAUAUGGUGGGCAAUCCGGCGGAGGUGGCUGCCGUUCCACACCUCCUAAUGGGUCCCCGGAAUCCCAUGACGUUCUUGCAGCGUGUCGGCAACACGCUCAUUACCGGCAUCGAGAAGCUAAUGAUUCAAUACAUUCGCUACAAGACGUUGCCUUAUUAUGAAUCUAAUUUCCCAUCAGAAAAGGGAUAUCGUAGUUUCGAUGAGACGUUGCAGAACGUCUCGUUGGUGCUGCUAAACACGUACUUUACACAGACCGUUCCGCGGCCGUAUCUUCCCAACAUGGUUGAAGUUGGUGGUUUGCAGAUCAACGCGAAACCGGAACCACUGUCAACCGAUCUGCAGCAGUUUCUGGAUGGAGCAGGGAGUGACGGUGCCAUUUUCAUCAGCUUCGGUUCGAACCUUCGCAGCUCGACCUUGCGGCAGGACAAGCUGGACGCGAUUCUGGGCAUGAUUCGAAAGUUGAAGCAACGCGUCAUCUGGACUUGGGAUGCGGACGAGAUGCCGAACCGGCCGGCGAAUGUGUUCAUUGGGAAGUGGCUACCACAGGAUAGCAUACUGGCGCACCCGAAUCUGCGACUGUUUAUCACGCACGGUGGUCUCGGCAGUAUUACCGAAGCAAUGUACCACGGAAUUCCGAUCGUUGGCAUUCCCAUGUUUGGUGAUCAGGACAAUAAUGUGGCUCAGGUCGUAAAGGAGGGUUGGGGUGUUAGGGUAAGCUUCGAUACGCUUACAGAAGCCGGCCUGACCGAGGCAGUGCAGCAAGUGCUACAGGAACGAAAGUAUCGCGAUCACAUCCAGCAGUUGGCGGCGCUAUUCAAAGACCGACCGAUGGCUGCACUCGAGACGGCCGUUUUCUGGGUCGAGUAUGUCAUCCGCCAUCACGGUGCACCACAUCUUCACUAUCAGGGAGCUGAUUUGAAUGUGUUUCAGUUAGCGUUGCUGGAUGUGUACGCUUUUCUUGUGGCGCUGCUGUUCAUCGCAUACAAGCUGAUCCGUUUUUUGGUUCGAAAACUUAUCAAAGCUAUUCGAGGAGGAGCUGCCGGUGUUGAUCAACGUGGAACUCACUCGGCCAAGCAAUUGAAAAAGAAGAAAAAUUAAUACCCUAGCGGGUGGUGUCUUGAACAUUCCAGACAAUUUCGAAA